CCAAUGCAGCUGUUGCUCGCACCGCAACAGACGAUGCGCCCCCGGGCGCCUGGGCAGAGGCAGGCGGUCCGAGGGCGGCAGAGACUAGCCCUCAUCCAGGCCCCACCUCGGCCCCACCCCCGAGCGCCUCCGCACCGCCCCGGCUCAGCGGAACGCACGCUCGGCGCAGCUCCGCUCCCUCCCCGCUCCCGCAGGACGCCACAGACUGCCGCUCCUCCCCCCAGGGACACCCUCGGCCGUCCAGUCCCCUCCCUCCCCCAGGCCGCAAGAGGGGGGCCUCAAGCGCUCCGCGUUCCCACGCCCAAGAGCGGUCCCCUCCGAAUGCAGCUGCGCGGCGCACACUCGCGGGACCGCCACGACCCGCUCGGGAAGGGCACAUCGUAGCGGCCCCCGGCCGCCGGCCAGACCUACCUCUUGCGUCGUGGUCCCAGGCCGGUUCCAGCCGCCAGGAG